AUGUACACCAGGCCGCGCCGCCGUAUCAAUACUCCAGUGACAACAGCAGCAGGAGUAUCGAAACUUACCGCACUUACGAGACAAACACACCGCUCCGCAACGAGACAUGAUUCUUACGAAUUCCUUGUCAUGUGCAAGCCUUUGGAGUCGCACGAAGCUGACCAACAGUGCGUCUCAAGUGAAAUCCGCUGUUACAAGAUGAACGAUUUUGGAAAACGACGCAGUAAGACGCCCUUGCACUCCGCACACAACUAG